AUGUGCGAUACCGAAAAUUUAAUUAUCUCGGUCGAAAAAUGUCCGUGUUUGUGGAAUGUUAGCCACGAAUCUUAUCAUGAUCGCGAUUUAAAAGAUCUUGCCUGGGAACAAGUGUGUUUGGAAGUAAUGAAGGAUUGGGACAGUACAAGUGACGAGGAGAAAAAGAAGAAAUAACAAUAUGCUUGCUCCUUUGUUGCUUGA